AUGUCAGGCCCCGUGGAAACGAUGUCAGGUCUAGCCGAUACUGCGUCGUCAGGCCCAGCUGGUACCAAUGUCACUUCCUACACUUUGGCACCACCAGGCGUGAAGACUCCUAUAACCAGCUACGCUCCACCACAAACACCGGGGCAGACUGGAACUGUUUUCAUCCAGACAGUUGCUUCUGAACCUGGAAUGAGUGUUGACAACGAGAGGAAUGUGACUAUCAUGACUGAUGGCCCAGAGUCUCUUACGGAGCCUUAUACCAGGUACCAACCUCCUGGAUCUGCUGGAGAUCCAGGAACUGUCAUUAUCAAAACUCCACCUGUACGAUCUCCUGAGACAACUUCAGACUCAGCAGUCACCAUUCCUGCCCAUUCGGGUAGCCCUAAUGUUACCGUGAUCAGAGGUGGCCCAGGAAAGGAGGCUACUACCAUCUACGUCCCGCCAACUGGUACUGAGCCAGGCACAAUUAUCAUAGAGACACCCACUGAUGCAGCCGCCACUCAAGAGGACAAGACAUCUGCGGAUCAGAUGACCAGCGAGACACCAGCUGUGACCCUCCCUCCUAGCUCCAACAGCCCUAACGUCACUGUCAUUCGACCUUAUCCUGGACCUGAUUCAAUUACAGAGCCUGUGACAAGAUAUGUUCCUCCCACCGCUUCUGGGGAGCCUGGGACUAUUAUCAUUGAGACACAAUCCUCGGACAGUUCGGCCCCAACAUCGGCCAACCCCGAGAUCACUUUGCCUCCGAGUUCUCAAAGUCCCAACGUCACAGUGAUCAGGCCUUAUCCUGGACCUGGUUCAAUCACUGAGCCGGUCACUAGAUACGUCCCUCCUACUGCAUCUGGCGAGCCCGGGACCAUCAUCAUUGAGACACAGACAACUGAAACGUCUACUGAGCUUUCGGAGACUUCUUCUAAGACCCAAGCAACGAGCAGUCCUUCGGGAAUCACCAUUCCAGCCCACUCUGGAAGUCCCAACGUCACUGUCUUCAGGCCAUACACUGGCCCCGGUACGAUUGAGACUCCUGUCACAAGCUACAUCGAGCCUGCCAAUUCUGGGGAACCAGGUACUGUUGUUAUCGAGACACCAGUUUCCCGCUCGGAAAGUUCUCCUCAAUCAGAAGCGACGUUUACCUCUGGUCCCGUCUCAAACCCGGCAGUGCUUACCACUGACGGCAACACGACUCCUUUCUCGUCGGCGUCCAGCAACCCUGAUGCCCUUACGAUCAUACCCAGCGAUACGCGUGAAGAUGUGACUGUUAUCGAGCCAAACACCAAGUUUGCGGGUGCCACUGAGAACGUCACCCAGAUUAUACCACCCUCAGGAACAGCUCCUGGAACGAAGAUCAUCUACACGCCCCUGAACACCCCUGGCCAGUCUUCUAUGGGCGCCGCAGACACGGAUUCUUAUGUCACGAUCAGUGCGACAGUCACUAUUCCGGGAGAUCCCUCCACUCGAACUGGUGUAGAUUCCAACGCUGGAAGUGAUGCUGGUACCACAGGUGCCGAGACCAAUGUCAUCAUCAUCCCACCUAGUGGUACCGAGCCUGGAACUGUCGUUUCUCAGACCAGUGUUUAUCUGGACCAGACUUUGGCUCAGCACGGAAAUGUCACCAUCACUAGAGCAGCACCCGCUGGUGUCACCACUCCUUUCACCACCUAUUCACCCCCUGCGCAAUCGAGUGAUAUGGGAACAAUCAUCGUUGAGAUUCCUGACUACAACGUCACAACUACCAGAGCCGGCCCUGCUGGAGUCACAACUACUUUGACAACCUACUCGCCCCCUGCUUCUCCUGGUGGACCAGGAAUGGUUAUUAUCGAGACUCCUGACUAUAACGUCACGGUCACACGUCAAGCACCAGCAUCAGUUACGAGCGUUCGAACAACUUAUGCCCCUCCAGGUACCCUAGGUGAUCCUGGUACCGUCAUUGUUGAGACACCUAACAAUGACUACAAUGUUACAAUCACCCGUGGAGCAUCUAUUACGGCACCUUUCACUACAUACUCGCCUCCUGGUUCUUCAGGUGAUCCUGGUACAGUUAUCGUCGAAACUCCUGACUAUAAUAUUACUGUCACAACACAGGCCCCGAGUUCUAUCACGAGUGUUCGCACCAAAUAUGUCCCUCCUGGCUCCGCUGGAGAUCCGGGUACUGUGGUCGUUGAAACACCUAACAAUGAUUACAAUGUCACAGUCACCAGAGCUGCCCCUGCCUCUGUCACCAAGAUGUAUACGACAUACGCUCCCCCAGGUGCCCCAGGCGAUCCAGGUACUGUAUUUGUCGAGACGCCCAACUACAACGUUACCGUUACUCGGGGUGCCUCAAUUACAGCGCCUUACACAACAUACUCGCCGCCUGCUACACCCGGCGAUCCAGGCACUGUUAUUGUUGAAACGCCCGACUACAAUGUUACAGUCACGACGGAAGCACCAAGAACCGUCACCACCUUGCGUUCAACCUAUGUUCCACCUGGAAAGUAUGGAGACCCUGGCACUGUUAUUAUUGAGACACCGAUUGGUCCUUACAAUGUAACCACCACUCGUGGUGCCUCAAUCACAGCACCGUUCACAACCUACUCUCCCCCAGGCUCUCCAGGCGAUCCAGGAACCAUAAUUGUAGAGACGCCUGAUUACAACGUCACAAUUACACGACAAGGACCCAAGACAGCAACUGCCGUAUUCUCAACUUACUCGUCACCUGGAACGCCUGGCGAUCCGGGUACAGUUAUUGUUGAGACUCCCGCCGCUGCCUACAAUGUCACCACCACUCGAGGGGCUUCGACAAUCACGACACCUUUCACAACAUACUUGAGCCCGAGUGAAGCUGGAGACCCUGGCACUGUUCUUAUUGAAACGCCUGAUUACAAUGUCACAAUCACAAGACAGGCCCACAAGUCAGUAACAUCUUUGGUUUCUAUCUAUUCGCCACCGGGAAGUCCUGGCGAUCCUGGCACCGUUAUUAUUGAGACACCAAUGGGUCCAUACAACAUCACAACGACUCGAGGUGCUUCGUCAGUGACAGCCUCAAUUACAACAUACAUGCCGCCGGGACAGCCUGGAGAUCCCGGAACCGUGUUGGUUGAGACCCCAGAGUACAACGUCACAAUCACUAACGAGGCUACUGACUCUGCUUCGGAUACUAUUACGAGAUAUAACCCGCCAGCCUCCCCAGGUGACCCAGGAACCGUCGCGAUCAUCAUGCCUAACCAAAAGGCUGCAUCAACUUCGCCAGAUCCAUCUCUCACCGACGCGCCUGGUCAGAAUGUCACCGUCUAUCGACCUGGUCCAAGGACGCUUACUGGACCCGUUACCUCGUACAUUCCCCCUUCGAGCCGCGGAGAUAAUGGCACGGUAAUUAUAGAGACUCCUGGCCCGGCCACUCCUUUCAAUAUCACGACAACCCAGACAGUUGACACCAUUACUGCCAUCUACACAACUUACAUGCCAGCCGGUGCCCAAGACGAUCCAGGAACCAUACUCGUUGAGGUUCCUCCCUCACGCAAUGUGACAAUCACCAAGGACGAUGCCACUAUCACAGCACCAUACACAACUUACUCGCCGCCAGGCACUGCUGGUGAUCCGGGUACAGUUAUCAUUGGUAUGCCUGCCGAUCGCAAUGUGUCUAUCACAUCUAUCGUCAACAGUCGAACUGCUCCUUACACAACAUACAUGCCACCAGGUAACCGUGGGGAUCCCGGCACUGUUCUUGUUGAACUGCCUCCUGAUUCAAAUGUCACGACAACCAAGACAGUCAGCGACCGAACUGCUGUCUACACCACCUACUCGGGACCUGCGAACAGAGGUGACCCUGGUACUGUUAUCAUCGAGGUGCCUCCUGGGCGUAAUGUGACAGUCACAGAAGUUGCUAGCACUAUUACCUCUCCUUACACAAGUUAUUCCUCGCCUGCUAACCAAGGAGAUCCGGGUACGGUUUUCAUCGGCAUGCCCCCUGAUUCUAAUGUGACAAUCACAACCGAAGUCUCAACCCGAACUACCCCUUACACAACGUACUCGUCGCCAGCUAGACAGGGCGACCCUGGCACCGUCAUCGUGGAGUUACCGCCCGACAGGAAUACCACGAUCACGAAAGAGAUGGCUAGUCGCACUCAGCCGUUUACUACUUACAUGUCACCAGCUACCAAGGGUGACCCGGGUACUGUCAUCGUGGAGAUGCCACCGGACAGAAAUGUGACUAUUACAACAGAAAUCCCAACCCGCACUAAGCCAUAUACUACAUUUGCAACACCUGCAAACAAGGGUGACCCAGGCACUGUUAUCGUGGAGAUGCCGCCGGAUAGAAAUGUUACUAUCACGACAGAGGUUACCAGCCUGACUGCUCCUUAUACCAGUUACGCUUCGCCUGGAAGUGAAGGCGACCCGGGUACUGUUAUCAUUGGUACGCCACCGGACAGAAAUGUCACUAUCACAACUGAAGUGCCUACUCGCACUGCCCCCUACACGACAUAUUCUGCCCCUGGCGCGAGAGGAGAUCCAGGCACUGUUAUCAUUGAACUGCCCCCUGAUCGGAACGUCACUAUCACCUCCGAGGUUACUGGUCGUACCGCUCCUUAUACUACUUUUGCACCACCCGCCACUAAAGGCUACCCAGGCACGGUUAUUGUCGAAUUACCUCCUGACCGUAAUGUCACCACUACGGAAGAGGUGCCUACAUUGACCCAGGCUUAUACUACUUAUUCGCCUCCAGGAAGCCUCGGCGACCCAGGCACUGUAAUUGUGCGACUUCCACCUGACAGGAAUGUCACUAGAACGACUGUGGUUGAUACAAUUACGGCGGCUUCUACUGUCUAUUCUGCACCAGCCAAUAGGGGUGAUCCAGGCACCAUUUUCAUCGAGGUGCCCCCAGCCAGGAACGUUACCACGACUGAAGUCGUUAAUAGCAUCACUCGGGCCACUACCACCUAUGUGCCGCCUGCACAACAAGGCGAUCCUGGUACUGUCAUUGUCCAAGAACCCCCUGAGACGAACACGACUAUUGUCGAAGUCGUUUCUACAAUCACUCGUCCAGCUACCAGGUACAUGACGCCUGGUACCAAGGGUGAUCCGGGCACUGUCUAUAUCGACGUACCACCGAACCACAACGUUACGAUUACCACAACAGUCAGCACAAUCACUCGCCCAACCACAACGUUUGCCCCCGGUGCCACGGAAGGGGAUGCUGGCACAGUUCUCGUUGAGAUGCCCCCAGAGUAUAAUGUCACAUCAACACAGACUGUGCAGACCAUCAGUAGGCCACUUACUCGUUACUCAUCUCCCGCUGAGGUCGGCGACCCUGGCACCGUCUAUCUCGAUAUGCCACCAGAGUAUAACGUCACUGUCACCACAACAAUCUACAGCAUCACGCGCCAAAGCACAACAUUUGCCGCGGGUGCGACGCAAGGAGACCCAGGCACAGUUAUUGUUGAAAUGCCCCCAGAGUACAACGUCACCACAACCCAGACUGUGCAGACUAUCAGUAGGCCAGUCACCCGUUACUCCAAGCCAGGUGAGGUUGGGGACCCAGGCACGAUCUACGUCGAUCUCCCGCCGGAGUACAAUGUCACUGUCACAACGACGGUCCCAACGAUCACAAGACAAUCUACAACAUUUGCUCCCGCUGCGCAGCGAGGCGACCCUGGUACAAUCAUUAUCGAGAUGCCACCAGACACCAACACUACGACAACCCAAACCAUCCAGACAAUCACGAGACCAGUCACAAGAUACUCUAAGCCUGGUGAGGUUGGUGAUCCCGGCACAGUCUAUGUUGAUCUGCCGCCGGAAUACAACGUAACAAUAACUACCACUGUCCCCACGAUAAUGAGGCCCUCAACUACCUUUGUUCCAGCUGGCACACAGGGUGAUGCCGGUACAAUUCUUGUUCAGAUGCCGCCGGAAACCAACGUUACAACAACUCAAACGGUCUCAACAAUCAGCAGACCCGUUACUAGAUAUUCCACUCCCGGUACUGCUGGAGAUCCUGGUACUAUAUACGUUGAUCUUCCGCCAGAAUAUAACGUCACCAGGACCACAACUGUCGCGACGAUCACACGAGCAUCAACCACAUUUGCUCCAGCUGAUAUGCAGGGCGAUCCUGGAACUGUCAUCGUGCAACUUCCCCCGGCUUACAACGUCACGGUAUCGUCAGUCGACCCGACUAUUACUCGUCCAGCUACACGUUUUGCCACCCCAGCAACUGCAGGAGACCCUGGUACUGUCUAUAUCGAUCAUCCGCCAGAAUAUAACGUAACAACCACUGAGACUGUAAGCACGAUUAGCCGGGUUACGACAACAUUCAACCCUGCUAGUGAAGAAGGCGAUCCAGGUACUAUCCUCGUGCAGGUUCCUCCAGAAUACAAGAACACGGCAACCCAGACAAUCAGCACCAUUACUGCCAUCUACACAACAUACAAUCCAGCCGAUACUCAAGGUGGCCCCGGCACAAUCUUGGUGAAGGCCCCAUCUGACUACAAUAUCACUACUACAGAGACUGUCAGCACAAUCAGCCAAGUCAGAACUUCAUACAAACCAGCUGGCACACAAGGCGACCCGAACACAGUACUCAUCCAGGUCCCUGUCGACCACAAUGUCACCAGCGACUCAUCAGAUGCCUUGAGCAAUCAUUCCGAUAUGCCUUCUGGACCUUCUGGUUCUACCAACAUGCCUUCUGGACCUUCUGGUCCUUCUACAGGUGCAACUUUUGGACCCUCUGGUCCAUCAAGUGGUCCUACUGCACCAUCAGCCAUGCUUCAGUGCCUUCAAGUGGUGCUCCUUCUGGUAUCCCAUCAGCAUCACGCGUUUCAUCUGGUUCUGUACCAUUAUCUGGCCCUUCAGCCAGUCUUCCAAGUGGUGCAUCUACCGGUGUCCCUUCAGCUUCACGUGUUUCUUCAGGCUCCCAACCUCCUGCUCCGUCAAGCGGUCCUUCCGCCGGCCCUUCAAGCGGUCUUCCCUCAGCAUCGCAGGUUUCAUCUGGUGAUGCAGGAACAUCUUUUGAGCCCCCUGGCGUGGUCCUUCAGGAUCACGUAUUUCAACUGGUUCCCAACUGUCAGCGCCUUCAAGCGGCUCGUCUGCUGGCCCUUCGGCCGCCCCUUCAAGCGGUGCUUCAACUGGCCCAGCGUCUGCUGGAUCUCAGAUGUCAGCACCUUCAACCGGCCCUUCUGCUGGCCCCUCGUCAGCAUCACAUGUUUCAACUGA